AAUGGUGUCGCCCUUUGCUAAACAGGCAUGGACAAUACUAGGCGUUCUGUUGAGUAUGUUCAGUCAAGGAAUACUGAUGGGCUACACAUCCAUCCUACUGCCCUCCCUGCUAGAUCCAGAAUCAGACAUAAAGGUUGAUCUGCACACGGCAUCUUGGAUAGCCUCAGCAAUCGGCAUGAUGGGUAUACCAGGCUUCCUGCUAUCGGCAAUCCUCAUGGAGAUGUACGGUAGACGACUCCCUCAUGGCUUAGCUGCUCUACCGGGAGUUGUUGGUUGGCUCUGCAUCUACUAUGCCAAGCGCGUGCCUUUAUUGGUAAUUGGCAGAGCUCUAGGAGGAUUAUCUAUAUCUAUCUCUGUCUCAACUGGAGCCAUAGUUAUAGGAGAAUACGCUGCGCCCAAACACAGAGGAAUGUUCCUGAAUCUGAAAACUGUUGCUGUGUGUUUCGGUAACAUGGCAUCACACAUUCUGGGGUACUACUACCACUGGCGAAUCAUAGCUCUGAUAGGACUGAUCCCACUGGUCGCCUCCUUUCUAAUCACAUGCACGUGGCCAGAGAGUCCAGCGUGGUUGGCAUCAAGAAGAAGAUUCAAGGAGAGCGAAAUUUCAUUCUAUUGGCUGAGAGGACAAACCAAGGAGUCCACAAGUGAAAUAGAAGAUUUAUUUAGAGCCCAGAAGGAAAGAAUGUCGAAUGCUCUUACCAAAACUUCAACAUGUUUCAGGAGGAUGGUAGAGUUUUUAAAGAAAUUCACGAGAAGGGAUUUCAUCAAGCCCGUCCUUAUAAUAAUGUUCGGUUGUAUACUUGUAGAGUCGUGUGGGAGACAUAUUUUCCCCGCGUUUGCUUUGCAAAUUAUAGAGGAGGUAACUAGUCUUAGGGGACAAUCAUUCUACUACAGUCUCGGAAUGGAUAUUACAAUUACGACAAGUGCAUUACUAUCAUCAAUUUUGAUCAACUAUAUGAAACGACGGACUCUUUUGUUUGGUAGUGGUAUUACAGCCUUGCUUAUUCUUUAUUCUAUAUGCGGCUACUUGUACUUGGUUAAUAUAGAAGUGUUUCCAUCUAGCCCAACUGUACCUAUACUAAUGUUUGUUAUCUAUUUUAUUGUGUGUAAUUUGGGUUGCACUGCAAUACCCCUAGCAUUGUUUGGGGAGAUAUUUCCGUUAGCACAUAGAGGAUCCGGUGGGUUUAUCGCCGGAUCCUUGGUCUCUAUAAUUUUAACUAUCACGAUGCAAGUGACACCGUAUCUGCUGGUGAACGCCAAAGUUUACGGAACUUUUGCUAUUUUGGGUACUGUUAUGCUAUUAAGUUUGAUAGCUCUAUGGAUUUUACUGCCAGAGACUAAAGACAAAACGUUGCAAGAAAUAGAGAACUACUUAAACUACGGGAAAUAUAGCAGAGAUGACAAUGAAGCUAGACUAAAGAUGAUCCCGGCUUGA